AGUUCGACUAAAAGCUUCUGUCUAUCUUCAGUGGAUGUGUCUGGUUGCUGUAGACUACACAAUGUGGAUUCUUCUAGCUGGGUUUGUGGUUCUGGUGUGUGCUGCAGAUGCCACACCAGUUCUUGGCAGAACAUUUCCUUAUUUUGGAAAGAUGUAUCACGUCAAAGGUGUGCUGUCUUUGCCUCAUUCUGAGAUAGAGGAGGCAUUUGAAGCUUGGUAUGAUCUUGAGGGGAACAGAAGUCGCAUUGACUAUCGUAAUAGUACAGUGCGCACCUUUCAGAUUGGAAAUGACUUGGAUUUUGGUGCCAUUUACAAGAUCACACCAGUCCUUCCUCCCAGUGUCAUUAAGUGUUUCCAGCUUAAAGGAACUAAAGAGGAUCCAAUAGAGCCACAGGAAGCAAUCCCUAAUGCACAGAGCUUUGAAUUUGAGAAGAUGGAGGAUUGCAAAGGCGUUGAGUGUGAGGUCUGGAAAAAAGUCACUGAGGUUGGUCAUAAGAGGAACACUUACCGUCUGUGGGUCACACGUGGAGAGGAAGCUUAUUCUCCAGCCACACCACACCGCUUUGAGAUGGAGGGCUUCAACACUCUUCUGGGAUCCCACAAUGACAAAUACAGCAUUGAAUACAGUGACUUCAGCUUACAAACUGAGCCUGAUGUUUUCACUCCACCUGCAGGAUUUACCUGUGAAGAGUUUCCUGAUCCGCCUGAGGAGCAUCAAGUAUUAGCUAAUCCAAUUGAAGACUAUGUUAGCACCAACCCUGUUAGCCAUGCCCACCGGCUGUUUGGCCCCUUUAAGGAGAAAUUUAGUCGUCAGUAUGAAAGUGAGAAGGAGCACGAGGAGCGCGAGAACCUCUUUCUGCAUACGUUCAGGUUUGUACACUCGAACAACAGAGCUGGUCUUACAUACAGUGUUGGUAUUAAUCAUUUUGCAGACAAGACGAAGGCAGAGAUGAGCAGGAUGACAGGAGGUUUACUUCCAAAAAAGGAAAAGGAGGAUGCAAAAUAGUCCAACUGAAAAAAUAGUGGCAAACAAAUAAAAUAUGGUGUAAUAAAUAUCUCACUCAACUGACCCGACAGUUAUCUGAUGAGAAUUGAAAUUUUCCAAACAUAUAAUUUGAUUAAAUCUGUAUCUUCUAGUAUUUUUUGGUAAACAAAAAUCAUUUUCAAAGCCAAAUGUAAAUAAAUUUUGAUCAAACUUUUAAUGAAAACCACAUGUCUUUAAUUAAAUCUACAUAACAUUAUUUGUUUUAUGUUUAACAAUGUUAUUUGUUUAACAUUAUUAGUUUCAUGGGAAAAAACACAGUAAUUUUUGUCACCUUACAGUUUUAUCAGUGUCAUUUAAUGUUUCAAGAAUAAUUUCUUAAAUCGCAUUUCCCUACACUUCACUGGUGAGAAAUUAAACCUGUUUUAAUUGUCAUCUGUAAUUUUUGCUUUGUCAACAUUUCUUUUUUUUUGGUGGCAUUAUUUUUACUUUUGAUUCUUUUACUUGCGUCAUGUUUCAUGGAUUGGUCUUUAAUCAGUCCUUAUUCCAGUUCUGUUCAUAGGGCAUAAUGACUCAGCAGAAAUCAUUGCCAAAAAACACACAAACUCUAAACACUAAUCCCACAUGUUUGUCGUUAUUAAAUGUGAUUAUACACUA